AUGGCAGACUUUCUCACGGCUGUCAAGACGACCGUCAAAGGAUCCUCCGACAAUUCGGAACAGCUGCUGACAGCCAUCUCGACCCACUCUAUCGAUGCCAGGCCAGCCGAGCAGGCAAAAUCGCAGCAAGAAUCCCAUAUUACCACACGAAAAGCCUCGAGAGGAGAGAUCAAGACAAACGAUACAUAUCGAAUCAACUCGGAGCCACUGAGAACGCCGGAGGAGAUCUUACAAGUCUUGCAAAGUCAGCCCAGCAUCAAUACCCUUGUCCGAGUCUUUCGGCACCUCCAGCCCAGCGAUGGCGUAUGCUCCGAAUUCAGCAUCGAUGCUCUCGGACCACCACAAGCGCAGAUUAUCAAUGCCCUAGUCAGCAGCAUCGUGCCAAAUUUCUGGCCUAUUCUCGAUCCUGAGGACAAAAAGCUGUUCACUUCGUGUCUCCAGAAUAUCGCUGGCAUCAGUGCUGUCGUUGCUCGAAUCAGGCUAUUGACCGAAGCCCUCACAAACAACAAAUCCUCGGGAAGCGACGAGCUUGUACACUUACUAGAACUUGUCGGCCAGAUUUUCGAAAAGCGCUCCCUUGUGGCUCGGGUAUGGCUUCGUCUAUAUCGGGCCGUCUCAGACCCGAUAAAGCAGUCGCUAUCAUGGAAAGAGUUUGUCAGUUUGAUCGGCAGUGGGAAACUGGUCACGACGAUUGCUCGUGCCGAAGAUGCGCUAAAGACUGCAUCGGUGGCAUCGAAACCCUCCUGGCUGUCCAAUGGCUCUGAGUAUGCCGCUUGGCUAGGUCGAAUGAUUGAAAGGGUGCUGGAAACUGCAGCUUGCCGAUGUGGCGCACAUCUUCUUGCCAAGGCCUUCACUCUGGGCUAUUCUGUGCCCUUGGUGAGGGGACUUUUCCAAUAUGUUGCUAGCCCUCCAGCAAUAGCGAGAUUGGACGCCCAAGUCCUAAAAAGUACUGUAGUCUGCUGUCAGAGCUUCACUCAACGACAGUUUCUCGAGUCGACCUUGCAGUGGCUGACGCAGGUAUCACCCUCUGAUGUGGUCGAGUUCUCUGAAGCAGUACACUCACAAGCGAAGGAUAAAUGUGGUUUGGCGGCAUGUCUCGAUCUGCUGAUAAGCGACCACGUUACGAUGCAGCAACACCUGCUUUCAUUCAUCGCCGAUGCAUCCUUGUCAAGCACCAUAUCUGUGCCCGUCCGACGGGCUGUAAUUGUCACCUUGGCGACGAACGUUCCCAAUGAGCUACCGGCCCUGCUGGAAAAGCUUUUUACCACCUUUGGAGAUCAGAUGUUCAUCAGUCAUGCUCCCGUUGUCCAGCAAGAGAGCAUUGCCCAAACACUCCUCCUCACCGCGAGCUAUCUUCACCGAUCGGCACCAAUGGCGGUACUCAUGACAGCACGCUCUUCGGGGCACAUGUCGGGCACAAGCAAUAGACUUCACAGCAGCAACUCUCGAGCUCGAUGGCUGGGCAUGGUUGUGGCGACUGCAAUUUCGUUUCUCGUGGACAAGGAAGGAUCGAGGAUGAGCUUUGGCACUGAUGAGCUGCGGACAGCUGAGGGAAAGUGGUAUCAGGAUCUUGUCAAAGUGAAAGACGAGGUGGGCAGUUUCGAGGAUUUUGGGGAAGUGCUACAAUCACAAUCAAAACUGGUCAAACAUCCGCGAGCGAAGGCAGUGAACACACAGGAACUCCCUAUACUGAAUGGAAAGCAGACUUUCGGACCCGUACGCCCACCGGCACAGACAGAAGUGGAUGGGGAGAGAGUGACGGAAAUCCUGGAUGAUGACGACGCCUUGGAGUCCGACCACGACGAUUCUCUCACACCGUAUGCAAAACCCGACAGUGACGCCGAAGACAGCGACGAAGAUGCCACUUUGGUCAACCGGAACAAAUCUCGACCGCCGGUCUACAUUCGUGACCUCAUGCGGAUGCUACGGGAAGACAAAGACCACGACAAAUUCCAGCUUGCCAUCAAGCACGCGGCACCUCUCAUCAGAAGAAAGAUUAAUUUCGGUCGAGAAGUGAAAGAUCACGCUGAAGAGCUUGCGCUCCUCCUGUCAGAUCUGCAGGACCCUUUCGAUACGGACGGGUUUGAAGAACUCAAACUACAAAGCCUUAUUGCAGUGCUUCUCAGCGACGUGGAGAAGCUAGCGCCAUGGCUCAGUCGAAGGGUUUUUGAAGGCGACUACUCACUCUCUCAACGCUGCAUCAUGCUCUCCGCCCUCGGUCUUGGUGGGCGUGAACUAGCCGGACUCCAGGAACCCGAUCACCUCAACCCAGCCCUGGAGCACACGUCUUUUCCCAGCAAGCAACUACCCUCUCGCCUCCACGCAACCUACAGUCCCACGGUGACCAAGGCUCUCCAUACGGCAACCACUUCCGUCGAGCAGAGCAUCAUGCGACCCCUCGCCCUCUCGGCCGCAGAUCGCUCGACUUCGCACUUGGACGCAGUCAAAAUCAAGCGCUUCUCGGCUCGCAGUGAGCAACCACGAACCCAACGAAAACCCACCCCAAACCAACUAGCCAGAAUCUUCAUGGCCAAUGUUUUCAAUCCUCUCGUCACACGCUACCAACAAGACCUGGCAGCAUACCGUCAACGCUCCCCCUUUGCCACUGCCGUUCUCCUGACCACGUUCCUCAAAACAAUCUCCAUACUCCUCCAUGCCAGCGGCCCAUCGACCACGGGCCUCGCAGACAUGACUUCCGCCUUCUGGGAUGUCUUACACUCGCUCCGCGUAGCCUCGUUGAGCGACAUUUCGAUCCUCGAAGCCAUUCUUUUCGGCCUCCUGACACUGCUCGAAGUCAAUUGCGAAUGGGGAAAUGUCGCGAGACUGGCGCAGGAAGAGCCCAAGAGACUGGCAGAGACGCAGCACUGGGUGCAAAUGGUGUUUGAGCGCACGGGCAGUGGUGGGCUGGUGGAUGGAAAUGGAAAUGGAACAGGGGACGGAGAGGAGGGGAGAGUGAGAAGAUUGGCGGCGGGCGUGUUGAUGAGGUGUGGGGAGAUUGUAGAGGGUUAUCAGAAGGAUGUGAUGGGUAUUGGGAGGUAA